AUGAUUCGUUGUAGCAAUUGUUUCAUCACAUUGCUUAAUUUUAUCACGUUGGUGGCUUCAGCAAUGUUGAUAUUGAUGUCAAUGUCGUUUGGUAAUAACACGAACCCGUCUACGUGCCAGAAAGUUAUUCAAUAUCCGAUGUUGAUAUUAGGGGUAGUCCUUUUGGUAAUUUCUUUGAUGGGAAUUGUAGGGGCGGCGUGCCACGUAUCAUUUUUGUUGUGGAUAUAUUUGUUCAUGUUGUUCUGUAUCAUUACAGGGAUGAUUAUUUACUCUUUGUUCAACCUGUUUUUCACAUUGUCACAUCUAGAAAAUAGAAGCCAUGAAAAAGGUGAAUGGGAAGAUAAGUUUCAAGAAUAUUCACAAUGGAUGAAAAAUGUUGUGCCUGAUGAAAAACAAUGGGAUAAGAUUAAGAGUUGUAUGAUUGAUGCUAAAAUGUGUAAAUACAUUCCCGCAGACAGAACUGAGGAUUAUUACAAAAAUAAGCUCCCCAAGAUUCAGUCUGGUUGUUGCAUACCACCGGCGUACUGCCACUUCCAGUUCCAAAAUGCAUCAACUUGGAUAGUGCCGAAAGCAGGGGCAGUAGAGGGAGAUGCUGACUGCAAGGCAUGGAGCAACGAACAAAAUGUUAUGUGCUACAACUGCAAUUUAUGCAAGAAAACUGUCUUUGACAGUAUCAAAGAAUAUGCCGGACAUACCUCUCUUAUAAGCCUUAUCAUCUUCAUUAUUCUCUCCAUUAUUUACUCUAUUGGCUGUUGUGCUCUUACGAAUAACAGUUACAGAGAAAGGGCAUACGGCUACCAUGGCUACAGACCGUAUGGUCCUGGACCUUACGGUUAGCCAUGAUCCAUAUAUC